AUGGAUUGUUUUGUGAACACCCCAAAGGAUGUGGAGUUGCUUGUUAAGAAUAGAAUUAUUGAAAAUUGGCUAGGUGACAACAGUGAGGUGUCUACUUUGAUUAAUAAGCUUGGAAAAGGGGUUUGGAUAAAUGACAAGGACUUUUAUUUUGCUACUGUUGCUGAAGCCCUGAACUCCCACUGCGGAACUCACUGGAACAAAUGGAAGGCAAUGUUGAGACAGAAUUAUUUCAACACACCUUGGACAAUUAUCUCUUUCGUUGCAGCUGUUUUCCUCCUCAUACUCACUGUCAUCCAGACAGUGUGCUCCAUUAUAUCUAUUGCUUAA